AUGGCGCCCAAGAUCGCACGUCCUAUGGCUGCGGCAAAGCCAAAGAAGGGCACGGACGUGGAGGUGGCAUCGAGUUGCGGGGACUUGGUCUUUGAGGACGAUUUUUGGGAGUCAGACUGGAUUCUGCCUCCUCCUGAUCAUCCCGUAUGGUGGGAGCGCAGACCUGAACGAAGCCGCUCACCACCACCACGUGCAGCACCCGGCACUCCACCUGGGCCACCACCUAGAACGCCGCCAGAUGAUGUUAUGCUGCGGGUGCCGAUGACGCCACCAGAGCAUGAACUGGGAGAACGUGAUGGGGUUCUCACCUUCGAUGAAUCGUGCGUCCAGGUACAAGGUCUGAAGCUUUGUGGCCCGCAAGCAAAGCCAUUGAAAUCAAACAGACCGGUCGGCGAUGUUUGCUUCAUCGAUCUUCCUCUUCGUGACAUGGAUGGCAUAGGAGGCAAGCUUGAACAGUUUGCUGACAUCGUGCAGAGCUUCCCAGUCCAGGGCAACUUCAAGAUCGUACCUUAUAGUCUGCAGAUCGUCAUUGUGCCAUCCUACCUUCCACCAGACAAAGAGCAGGACUAUGUGGACAUCUUCAAGCACAUCUACUUGCACAAAAACAAAGUCUCAUCUGCUGAUUGCGUAUCAUUUUGUCAUGGAGCUCCUGUCUGCUUCGAUUGGGGGAAACAGACUCGAUUGGCUUUAGCUGGACUCAACAACAUGUUGGAUCGCACCGGCGGCAUGCAGAUUCGGAUUUGGACCCUCGCCCCCAAGUUUGAGAAGAAGCACGCUUUAGAUCAGAGUGCUCGAGAGUCUGGGUACCGAUUCAUUCGAGAACAUGGUCCUCGCUCGAACAACAUGAACCAAUUCAUGGAAUGGACUGACGAACAAGUGCAUUGUCCCGGUGGUCCUUUGGAGGGAUGGCAGGAAGGAAAGGUGAAGGAAGCCCUUCACAACUAUUAUCGUGGUCGGCAAAAUGCAAAGACGAUCCAGUACUGGCCAUUGACAUUGAAAAGCUUUGUGGCAUGGUUUCUCGACGAGAUCCUUGUCAAGAUGCUCCCAACCAUGCGGCAGCACGCCAUCACAUGGAUCGGGCGUACUCGUGUCGGAAAAUCUUUGGGCUCCAAAACCAUUCUGUUUGCUCAAUCCAAGUUCGAGAUCACACAAGCUGAUCGAGAAGAUCUUGUACCUUCCAUUGUGACUGCCAAGCACCUUGAUUUCUUUAAAGCCGAGCGGAUCACGAAGUUCAAGCCAGGGGUCUUCGAUGACGGCAUGCUACAACGGAUGGAUUCGUCUUUCCUCAAGGAAGAAGAUGCCACGGUGUGGGCUCGCUACUCCUCGGCGCAAUUCGACCGGGUUCUGGACGUCAUGCUUCUCUUCGAAAAGAUGCAGAGCACAGGUUUUUGGAACAUUCAACAUAAGGACUUCCUCGACUUGAUUGCUCCUUCCUUCACUGGUGUCGAGGAUGCAGAGGACAUGGCAGCAAUCUUGGCUCGUACGCACGUCAUCGUCUUGACCGAGAACGGGGUGUACUACCGUGUUGCAAGCACUGAGAAGGGCAAUGUCGAUUUCAUCGCUUGGCAGAAUCCGCAGAUGAAGGACAUCUUGGCUCCUGAGUACAAACCGAUCUUCGAGGCUUACAAGGCAGAUCCUCAAGCUCAUGUUCUUCCUGAAGGAUAUCAUGCAGACUCUAUCUGGUCCCAAGAGUUGCUUCGCAAACUUCUUCGAGGGGAACCAGUUGCCAGAACCAUUACUGUUCGUCAACGUGGCCUUUUCGACGAGAAUGUGCGCGAGAUGCAAGAAGCUCCACGUCUUCUUCCCACAGCAGAAUCUGCAUUGCAAGUGAAGCGUGAAAAGGUCAACCACGUUUGGAAGCACUUGAAGCGUUGCCCUGUCACCACCGUCAUUGAGCUCGAUUCUCCUUCUCCUGCAAAAAGGGUUCGGCCUUCAGCGCCUGCAUCAUCUUUGCCAUCCUUGCCUGCCAUGCCUUCUUGUCCUGUCAUGAAUCCUGGAAAUGCUGAGUUGGGCUUGCUUGAACAUGAGGAGCAGGAAGCAAUCGAUUUAGAGAAUGACAUGGUGAGCUUCAUGGAUGAGAUAGAUGGUAUGCCACCUGUGGGCGAGGGUCCUGAUGAGGACUAG